AUGACCUCCCCAAUCGUCCCACCCUUCACGCCAGAAUCUGCUCGUCUCAAGGUCAAAGUCGCACAAAAUCUAUGGAACACCCGCGAUCCGGCAAGAGUUGCAAUGGCCUAUACUCCAGAUACUGUUUGGCGCAAUCGCACGACAUUCUUGCAAGGCAGAGAGGAGGUCGAGCGCUUCCUGGCCGAGAAAUGGGCGAAGGAGCAUUUCUAUGUCCUUCGCAAGGAGUUGUUUGCAUUCUCCGAUAACAAGAUCGCCGUGCAGUUCUUCUACGAGUGGAAUGCCUCUCCGGAUGGCACUGGCCAAUGGUAUAGAACAUACGGACUCGAGGAAAGCCUCGACUCUCUUCUUCCUCUCUGGCAAACACUCAAACUCCCCCCGCAGGACUGGACAUUCGAUCCUUCGGGUUUGAUGCGUAAAAGACAAAUGUCGGGGAACGAUCUCCCUAUAUCUGCGGAGGAGCGCUGGUUUAUGGAGGGUGUGGAUAUUGAGACAGUGGAUAUCAGCGAGAAGCACUUGUAG